AAACGGUGUAAAGUUACACGUCGGCGAGGCAUGGGCAGGCGCGGUCCACCCGCGGGCGACGUUUUAUGUGGACGCAUCGCCAGUCAUUUUGCGUGUUUUCGGGCCAAGACGUUCCUGUUCGAUGCCACGGCAGUGGACGCACUCGAGCGUGCGCUGGUCGUAGAGAUGCGUGAGCUGGCGAAGCGCUUCACGGCGCUGGAAACGACCGUCGAUUCUCUCGCAGCGGACAACACGUCUCUGUUAGAGACGAUUCAGUCCAUGGCCAAACGAAAAGACGACCUGGUCAAGACAUGCCACAUCGCCGAGGCCGAGAUGCAGCGCCAGGUCCACGAAAAUCACAUGCGAUUGCAUAUGCACAUGCAAAUGUGGGAGCGCGAAAAGAAGAUGCUCCAAGGGCGGUGGGAGAUGGACGCCGCCGCUCGCCGACAAACUGCGUUGGAUCGCGUGUUACACGAAGCGGGGGUGCGGGAGAAGCGCCAUGUGCGACAGAUUGAACAGGACAAGAAUGUCGAGAUCGAACACUUGCGACAACACUUUGCCGUCCAAAAGGAGACUGAGCUCACGAUGCUGGCAAGCCAAAUCACGAGAAGAGUCCACCACGACAUGGAGAUCCAAGUCGCCGCGAUCCUCGCCGAUAUUUACAAAGAUCAACAGCGAAACCACUCCAAGAUACACCAACUGGAGCGCGACCUGCAUGACGCUCGCAGCCUCCAGCACGCGACCCUAUCUGCUGCUGCCCCCACGACCACAGCUCCCACCACCACGCAGCAGACCUUUCGACACCAGAACAUGCACGUACGAGCGCAAUGACGCCGCUCUAUUCCAUCCUGCCUCGCCCGAACGACGUUCUGACACCACCGGCUCGUUGCACCAGAGUUGAACAAGUUUGCCAAACGCUCGACGCUUGGAAUUACAUAAAGAGGCACCAUAAGAAUCAAAAAGCUACCGAGCCAUGGACACGACCGAUUCUAGACUACACGCGGGGCUCACUUGAAGGCGGCCGUGAUGGCGGCGUGGAAUUCGGCAAGGGGCUUCUGCGGCCGCGGGAUUGCUCGGUCGUUGCCGUUGCCGCGGUAGUUGCACCACAACAACGGGUCGUACUUGCCGAUGCCAGGGUUGUAGCAGUUGGACCAGCCGCACCCAACGUGGGUGACCCACGUCCCCAUCGAGUUGACGAAGUGGCCGCAUGCUUCGUUGCCUUCCGUGCACUUGUUGGUGUUGAAGUCCCAGUACUUGAUCUCGUCGUACCACCACCAGGACGGUCCUUCCACCGCCAUGCAGUUGUCGCCGCACAACAGCGCCGGCGCGAGGUUCUGGACACCGUACGGCCCGCCAUGGCCGCCGUUCGGGUGCAUGUAGCAAUUGUCGGCCCACUCCUGCAUGUCCUUGGCCAUGGCGUCGUCGUACUCGACAGCAUUCAACCCGUGUGCUUGGCGAAUCACGCUCAGCUGGUACGCGACUUGCAUCCCCAAGUCGCCUUUCUUGGGUGGCAGGGUCGGCGUAGGCUUGGUGGUCGUGUACGGCGAUGGGGUCAGAGUGUAUCCGCCGUCCGUAACGACAUGAUGCGCUCGGGCGCCGACGACGCGGACCUUGUACGAGUCGUCGUGUUUGAGGUAGCACGCGCCGUUAUACCACACCGACACUUUACACGCUGGGUUCUCUGCACACAGCGCGCAACAGCCGGACGCUUUUGGCGUGUCGGUGCGCAAGAGGUCGUUGCCGGGGUAGUCGACGUCUCGUUCGACGGCGCCGCAUGUUCGGCCCGUUUGCACCGGCAGCGCCGCCGACACGACGCCAGGGGCCCACUCAGGAUUUCCUUUCGUGUGCUUGAGGUAGCACACGCCGUCGCGCCACGAGUACGCGACGCACCGGUCGGUGCUCUGGCAGUCGGCACAGCAGUCGUCGUGGUUGUCUCGGUCGGUCGCGACGAGAUCGUUCCCGUAGUAGUCAAUGUCGGUUUCGACAGCGGGGCAUGUGAUGUCGGCGACGGCCAUCGCGACCACCGCGAAGGCGGCCACUGUUUGGAGGGUCGACCACAUGUGGCGGACGUGUAAAAUGCACAACUGAUCGCCGCAUCGUGCCACACGACCAGUUGUACGAGCAGUUGAACCCGUUGGACAAUUCGUGGGUGUUCCGCCUGAGGCCAGUAGAAACCCCCACGUCACUUGCCACUUGGCGCCGUCCGAGCCAAGGGGCGCUGUCAAAAGCCAGUCGCCAGGCGCGGCGGGGGGUUCCAAUUGGGUGCAUGCCACUAUCCAAGGCACUUCGGCAAAGGUUGGACAAGUUCGUCGGCACCGCCGACUCGCGCUAGCGGCUGGAAUAUCAAGGCGAGAUGGACGAACGAUGCUUUGAACUACCUCCGCCCUCUUGGGCAAUGACACGGGGCUCGUGGCGCGAUGCUGUCGCGGCGACAAGGGCACGUUUGUUCAUGUCUGCGUUCCAGUCGCCCCACUUACAGUCAAGUGACUAAAAUAUCAAGUGCA